AUGUCUUCCUCAAGUAACCCCGGCCCUCCUCUUUGGCCAGACAGCCCGCCUGAGGGCAAACGCCCCGUGCGUGUGGGGACUGGGUUGGAUGACUGGACUCUACCGCGCGACGACGAUGUGUGGAGCCAACGCAACUUGCUUAGUCUCGAUGGCGGAGGCAUUCGUGGCUACUGGACACUCCUGGUCUUGAAGAGGUUGAUGGAAGACAUCGCAGAAGAGGAGCAGCGUCAAGCUCCAGCUACUCAGAAGGAAUUCCACAGUUUUUGGCCCCAGGAAUUCCCGGAUAAUGUUACUCAACCCCCAUACGACGCUGAGGAAAAGGCGAACUUGGACUUUGCGGAGAGCGAUGGCUGUUCUCGCCACACUGCCCUCAUAGCAAUCAUGCUGAGCCGAUUCCGAAUGACAGUGCAAGACUGCUUGAACGAAUAUCAGACGAUGAGCCAUAUGAUCUUUGGCAAACCACGUUUUAUAUCGGAGCGUAACACCGGUAUUGCUCCGUGGCCGAAAUACAGCUCAAUAGCGAUGGAGAAAGCACUCAGAGACGUGACAUCCAGGCGCUGCGGAAGGGAUGAGAACCAACGUACCGCCUUAGUGACGUUUCCAACUAUUCCUGGCACUUGUAAGACGUUCGUACACCUGCUUGUCAAAGCUCAAUUUGUCACCACGAUGAAGCGGACUAAGGGACCAAACGGCGAAAUGAGCUCGGAUACGUUUCACCUGAUCCGCUCAUACGACAAUUACGACAAGAAGAACAACAACAACAAAAUUCCGAUCCGACGCGAUACUGGGACACAAAUGCAGGGAAAGAACUACGGCGACGCCGACAGCUACCAGAUAUGGCAAGUCGCACGAGCCGCAACCGCAGCGCCGUUCUACUUCUCAGAACUGAAGCUCAUCCUUGACAAUCACCACGGACCUAGAACAAUCUACUUCUCCGACGGCGGUUUUGGCCAUACAAAUAAUCCUACGUUGGUCGGAAUCGAAGAAAUUGAAGAACUCCACGGGAAGCCAAACGUUGGCGUCAUCGUUAGUGUGGGGACAGCGAGGGCUGACGAUGAUUCUACGAGGCGAGGCUUUCUUCACAGAGUGAAAGGGGGCUUCAACCGGGCAACAGACCCAAAGAUCGUAGCGAAACAGGUAGCCCGUGAAAAUCUUCCCUUUUAUUUUCGCAUCAACGACGAGGCAGGGAUAAAUGUUGAGCUAGACGAGUGGAAACCCAAUGGCUUCUUCACCAAGCAUCCGGGCCGUGACACCCUUGAAACUAUCGAGAACCGCUUCUUCCGAUGGAUCGCCCGCAUGGAGAAUAGUAAACGGCUCGAGGAAUGUGCAAGGGAGCUUGCAAGGCGGAGGCGAAAGCGAGCCGAGGAUGGAUCCCGAUGGGAACGCUACGCAAUAGGUGCACAAUACCGUUGCGUACACCAUACCUGCAACCGCCGUUUUGGUUACCGGGAAGAUUUCGACGAGCACUGGGAAAGAGUCCAUGCCAGCGACGACCUGAACGGCGAUGCUAGGCAGCCAGCAGUUGACAUUUGGAAGUACCAGAGGGGAGCUGGGGCUCAAUAA